AUGCUAUUUUCUUGUUGCAGCACAGACGAUACUAACGCUGCAAGAAAACCUCGACGAUUCAUUGUUGUUCCCCCAGAAGAGUUAAAUCAAUCCCCAAGAUCAGUUACAAGCUCUACUCAAACUAGAGAAUUAAAAAAACAUCGAUUAACAAAAUUUCUUUCAAAGUCUGCUGACUGUUUGAAAUUUUUUUCCCCUAAACGUAAAAAUUUAUUAUCUAGAUCUGAAUCAUUUGGAUCACAAGAUUUUAAAAAAGUGGAUUCUACACUUGAUACCAACAUUAGCUCCACACGUUCCGGUGACAAUUUAGUUACUUCUAAAAAGCACCGUGAACGUAUAACACCAGGUCACUGGGUAACUUUAAAUAGUGGAGCUCGUGUAAAACAAUUAGAUCCUGAAGAAGCUAAAGUAAUAUUGGAACAACAAAAAGUUAAACCAAAAGAUAAAAAAGAUAACACAGAAAUGUCCACUAUAGCUGAUGAGAAUGCCACUAACAUUGAAAAUGUUGGUAGUUCACUUCCAAGGCGUCAUGAAACUUCUCAUGUAACAGUUACUGAAACUGUUAGAAACCCUGAGAGCCCAGGAUCACGAUCUAAUUUUGGAGAUUUUUAUUGGGACACUCAUGGUGAAACAAACUACCAUCCAUCUGAUUCAUUUGAUUCAGAGUUGUUGUUUGACUUUGAUAAUGAUCUAGGUAACACUAGUAGUGCUACAACUAGAGCACGUUUAGAUCGUACUCAAGAGGAUCUUAAUAAAUACAAACAACGUAUAGAUGCCAAUGUAGAACAACAAAGAGAAUAUUCUGAGUUGAUGCAUGAUAUGCAAAAUAAACUUACUGAAUAUAGAAAAUACAUUGCUGAUCUUCAAAGCCGUUUAAGUUCUAAAAAAGCUAAUGUUGAUGCUGAUAUUGGAAAUGCUUAUCUAUUUAGUGAUCAACCAUCUGUUUUUAAUACAGAUAUUCAUAUAUCUGAUAAUUGGACUAAUCUUAUUCGUAGAGAUGCAUCAAAUAAUAUUGAUGGGGGAAUUGGAGAUUUUAAUCUUCGUUUAGAAGAUGAACGUAGAAAAGGUGAAGAUUUAAGAUUAGAAUUGGACAAUGAAAGACGUAUUACUGAUAGCCUUCGUCAUGAGCUUGAAAAUUUACGUAUUGAAUAUGAAAGAGAAUUAGCUGAAAAAACAAGAUAUUUUCAAAAUCGUGAAAGAAAUUUGGCUCAAACUUUAAGUGAAGAGCAACAAAAAAAUUUGGAUAUUACUGUUGAAUUGAAAAAAGUUCGCAAACAAUUAUCCGAUGAAAGAGAUAGACAUGAAAGAGAUAUUGAAGAUCAAAGAAUUGAAUUCCAAAGAGCUCUUAGACAAGUUCAUCUUUCAAAAACAGGAGAACCAACUAUUCUUAACAAUCUUGUUACUCCUGGAGCUGGAAUGGCUGGAUUACAAAGUCUUCCUGAUUUUAAUAUAAAUCUUGGAACCGCUGGUGCUGGAACAAAUGAUACUGUUCUUAUAGAAAUGAUUAAACGUAUGAGAAAUAGAACAGGUCCUUCUGGUAAUCUUAGUAAUGAUUUAGCUUUCUUAAGUCAACUAAGAAGUUCUGAAGGGGCAGGUGAUGCCGAUUUAUAUAAAGAGUUAAUGCAGAAAUAUGAAGAAUCUAUUGAAAGAAAUAUUGAAUUGGAAUCAAAAGGUGAUGAAAGUCAAAGAAAAAUUUCAGAAAUGGAAUCUGAACUUAGAAGAGCAAAAGAACGCCUUUCAGAUAGUCAAAAUGUUCUUAGAAAACUUAUGGAAUUAUGUCAAAAUAAAGAUGAGACAUCUAAACGUGCUCGUUCUUUAAGUCCAGGAAGUACUUCAUUACAACCAUCUGACAUACUUAGAGAAGUCAGAAAUACUAUACGUAAUAAAAGUAAUGAAAUAAAUCAAUUGGAAAAUAAACUUAAAAUUGCUAACAGACAAACUUCUGACUUCCAAAAUAAAUUUGAGAAUUCAGAACAAGAUAAGCUUAGACUUGAAAAACAAUUGCUUGAUGCUAAAAAAGAAUUACAAAAUACAAUUAAAACUCUUGAUGAGGCUGAAAGAUCUAUUCGUAAACUUGAAGAAAGAAUUCGUACUUCUGAGAUUGAAAAAGAAGGUAUUGAAAAAUCAAGAAAAUUCCUUGAAGAAGAACUUAAAAAAUUACAACAAGCUUUUGAAAAAAGCACUACUGAUGACGUACGUAAAGUUCGUGAAGAUGCCGAAGAUAAUGCUAACCGUCUUGAAGAAGAUUACAAAGAAAGAAUUGCUGAUCUUAAUAGAAGAAUAGAUAGUUUACAAAAAGAUAAUAAUACACUUAAAAAUGAAAUAAAUCCAAUAAAAGAUAAAUAUAGAAAUUUAGAAAAUGAGUAUAAUAAUAUACUUAGAAAAAUUGAAGAAAAAGAUCAAACAAUUAACUAUUUGACAGAACAAAAAAAUAAACUUAUUAAAGAAUUUGAAAAUCAAAAAGAACUUAAUGAUGCUCUUCGUAGUGAAAUGGAUACAUUAUAUGGUGAUCAUGAUUCACUCUCUAAAAAUACUCUUGCUGUUGAACAAACAGUUAAAGAACUUAAAUCACAACGUGAUAAUAACUUAAAACAACGUGAUGAACUUUCUAAACAAUUAAUUGAUAUUAAAGGUGCCCUUGCUGAUGAAAGAAAAAAACGUGAGGAUGCUGAAAAAAUAAUUAAUAGACAAGAAGAUGAAAUUCAAAAAGCUAAAAUUCAACUUGAUGACUAUGAAAGACAAUUACAUAUUCUUCGUAGACAUAAUGAUGAAUUAGAUACACAAAUAAAAAGUUAUCAAGCUAAAAUUGCUACUCUUGAAAAUGAUGUUACUACACACAAUAAACAGCUUGAUCAACUUAGAGAAUUAAAUGAUAGAUUACAAAGAGAGAAACAAGAAAUUCUUAAUGCAAAACAUAAGACAGAAAAUGAUAUGGAAGCCCUUAAAGAACAAAUUAGAAAACUUGAAAAUGAAAUUGAAAAAUUAACAAAAGAAAAUAAAAUUCUUCAGGAAAAAGAAAGACUUGCUUUGGAAGGACAAAAUCAAUCUAUGACAAAGAUUCAUUUAUUACAAAAAGAAUUAGAAGAUAACUAUAAUGAUCUUAAUGAAUAUAAAAAACGACUUGAAGCAUUACAAGCAGACUAUGAUGCUCUUAAAGAAAAACUUAAAAAUGCUGGUGGUAAAACAAAACAUACAACUACUACUAUUACUAGAAUUAUUAGGGAUGGUAAAAAAGUUAUUACAGGUGGUUCUAAAGAUUCUGAAAUUAGUGAUGGAAAUGGACAUAUUGAAGAACCAUCAAAUAUUAAAGAAAGUCCAGAUGGUGUUAUCUAUGAUGCUGAUACAAUGGGAGGAGAUUAUUAUGACAGUGAAAUUACAGAAGCCAAAAUCCGUGAAAUUAAUGAUAGAUGGAGAAGAGAGAUCGAAAAACUUGAAAAUGAAAGAGAUACUCUCGAAUCUAAAAUUCGUGAUUUGGAAGAUCAACUUCAACAAACAGAUCGUGGUAAAGAAAGACAUGAUUUUGAAAUUGAUGAACUUAAGAGAAAGUACCAAAAUGAAAUUGAUCGGCUUAAGGCUGAUAUCAAUGGUUUACAUGAUAAACAUCAAACUGAGUUAGAAGAUGAAAGAGAACAAUAUAAUACUAAUAUCAAUAAUGCAAAGAUUAUUGAAGAUGAACUUAGAGAUAAACUUGCACUUGCAGAAAGAAAACUUGCUGAUGUUAUGAAUAAUGAAAAUGUUUAUCUCCGUGAAAGAGGAGACUAUGAUGAUAAGUUGAAGCAACUUUAUGAACAAAAUAUUAAACUUAAAGAAGAUUUAGAAAAUCUACGUAAUACAUCUGAAAGUGAAAUUCAAAAAUGGAAAAAUGAUGCAUUUAGUGUAAGAUCAGAAAAUAAAUCAUUAGAAACAGCUAAUCAAGGAUUAAAAACACAAUUAAAUGCUGCUAAUGAUAGAAUUACACAAUUAAAUAAAACAAUUAAUGACCAUGUAAGCAAGAUAAGAAACCUUAACAGUCAAAUAAGACGCCUUGAAGAGGAUCUUGUUGAUGUUAGAUCUAAUUUACAAGGUAAAGAAAUGGAACUUGAUAAUGCUCAAACAAGAAUCAGAAACUUAGAAGAACAACUUGCUCAACUUCAAAUUGACUAUAAUAAAAUGAAAUCUGAUUUAGAUACAUUUACUCGUGAAAAUGAAAACCUAAAAUCAACUAAUACUACAUUAGAAAAUGAAGUUACUCGCCUUAAAAAGAAACUUCAAAAUGCUGAACAACUUAAUAAAGAACAAAAAAAUAGUUUAGAUUUAAUAAGAGCAGAACGUGAAAAACUUCAAAAUGCCUAUAGAGAUAAGAGUAAACAACUUGAUCAUCUUAAUAGUGUUGCAAGUAACUUUGAAAUUAAAAUGAAUAAAAUUAAAAAAGAACUUAAUGAUACUGCUGAUAAACUUGUAAAUUCAGAAGAUAAUAGAAAGAGACUUCAAGAUGAAGUAGAAAAAUUAAGUAAAGAAUUAUCAUUUGGUAAAGAUCAAAUGAUAAGAAAAACAGAUGAAUAUCAAUCAUCUCUUGAAGAAGUUGUUAAUGCUCACCGUACCGCUGAAGAUGCUAGAUUAAACGCUAUUCAAGAAUUAGAAUCUAAAAAGUAUGAACUUAAUGAUUGUCUUGCUAAAUUGGAAAAUACUGAACAAAGAAUUAAUACACUUCAAAAUGAAUAUAUUAGAUGUGACAAUGAACGUGAAAUAUUAGCUGAUGCUCUUAGAAGAUUCCAACAAAAUGCCAAUAGACUUGUCAUGAUGAAUAGAAUCUCUUCAGGAGGCAAAGAUAUGUUUGAAGGUGUUAAUGAUGACCAUGGAUUUACCGAUGGUCGCGAUCAUAGCGACUCUAAAACUGGAACCAACAUUAAUAUCAAUUUGUCCGGAGAUGACAGCGGGCAUGAUCGUACCGGUCCUAGGCCAUUUGGUAUUAGUGAUUUUAAUCUUGGUGGAGGACAGGGACCAUCAAUUAUCAAUACUGUACAAGGAUUUAAUACUGCUGAAUUGGAGAGAAAUCUUAAUAAUUUAAUGAAUAGAAUUUCAACAUUACAACGUGAUCGUGAUCAAAUGAAGGAAGAAUUAGAUCGUCUUAAAAAGAAAACUCAUGAUAGUACAUCACAUAUUACAAAACAAGAAGUUCGUGUACGUACUAUUGAAGAUAACCUUUCUGAAGUUGAAGAUGAUAGACGUGCAUUAGAAGCCAAAUUAAACACUGCUAAACAACUAUUAAAAUCACAAGAAGAUGCUAUGAAAGCAAGAGAUGAAGAACGCAGGCAAAUGAAAUCUAAGAUGGUUGCUGCUGAACUCCAAGCUCGUGGUAAAGAAGCUCAACUUAGACACUUAAAUGAGCAACUUAAAAAUAUUAGAAAUGAUUUAACUCAUGCUCAAGAAGAUUUAAGAACACUUCGUGACAAAGAAGAAUCUUGGGAUUCAACUAAAUAUUCCUUAGAAACUAAAGUACGUGAUCAAGAUGCUAUUAUACAAAAACUUAAUACAAAUUUAUCAACUCUUGAAGCUGAAAAAGCAGCACUUACUGAUAAAUUAAGAGAUCUUGAAAUUAGAUUACGUUCCUCAGAAGGUAAAGCUGAAGACCUUAAAGAUGAAGUUGAUCGUCUUCGCAGAGAUCUUUCAAAAACAGAAAAUUCUGAAGCUGAUCUUAGACGUUCUCUUGAAACAUACACAAAACUUAAUAUUGAAUAUCAAUCUCUUAAAGAUCAAUUUACUAAUGCUCAAAAUGAAGUUAAUGCUGGAGUUGCUCGUAGACAACAACUUGAAAACGAAAUUUCUAAUCUUAGAUCAGAAAUUCGUGAGCACAAAACAAGAUCUACUGAAUCAGGAAAUCGUGUUAAUGAUCUCCAAAGACAACUUUCAGAUUCUAAUGGUGACAAAAAGAGACUUGAACAAAGAAUUAUUGACUUGGAAAAAACUAUUAGUAAUAGUCGUAUUAAUGAAACUGACUUACGUCAACAAUUACAAUUACUCAAAACUGAAAAGAAAGAUUUACAAAAAGAAAUUGAUGAACUUAGAAAACGUCUUAAUGACAUAGAUGGUGAUAGAAAUCUAUUAUCUAGAAAUUCAGACCAAUGGAAAAAAGAAAAACAAAUAUUAAUUAAGAAAAUUGAAAUGAUGGAAAAUGAAAAGAGACGUACUGAUGCUGCUAUAAAAGAAACAGCUUUACAACGUGAAGCUAUUGAAAAAUCUCUUAAUGCCAUGGAAAGAGAAAACAGAGAGUUAUACAAAAAUUGUGCUCAACUUCAACAUCAAAUUGCACAACUUGAAAUGGAAAAUGGUAAUCGUGUUAUUGAAAUGACUAAUAAACAACGUGAAGAACAAGAAAGAGUCUUAUCACGUAUGCGUAACGAGAAAGCUCAAAUUGAAAAAAUUAUUGAAAACAGAGAAAGAACAUAUAAAGGAAGAAUAAAACAACUUGAAGAUCAAUUAGCUAUUUUCAAAGAACAACUAGAAACUGAAAGACGUCGUCGUCGUGAACUUAUGGAUAGAAACCUAAUUACAGAUAUUGGUCGAUACACUGUAACUGGACUUGGUGGAGGUAUCGGAAGUGGAAUUGGAGGAAGUAGAUUAGGUAGUGGCUAUAACUCUGCCGGUGGUAAUUUUUAUCAUGGUGAUAAUAUCGAUCAUUCAUAUGGGGGUAACCUAAAAACUUUUAGAUCAACAUUUGCAUCAAAUCCAUUAACACCGCCAAGAGGUAAUUUAACUCCAACACAUACUGUUAGAAAAACUAUUGAAACAACAUCAUCAACUACCGUUCCAUUAAUAUCAACAAAUAUUGGUGAAGAAGGAUAUGAUCACAAUCGUUCUUCAACACCAACAUCAAGAAAUAUCCAUGAUGACAAUUCUAAGGAAAGAAAUAUUGCUCCAUACAAAUCUGCUGACGAAAGAUAA